AUGUUAUUACUGUUGCUGAUAUUUGCAGCAGGCUCCCUGGCCGUACCGUUACAAGACAAAUGCGGAUAUGAGAGCUGCACCCAAGCAGAGCCGGGUGUCCUCAAUGUACACAUCGUCCCACACACACACGAUGACGUCGGCUGGUUGAAAACCGUCGACCAAUAUUACUAUGGCAGUCGCAACAACAUUCAGAAGGCUGGCGUACAAUACAUACUAGAUUCUGUUAUUAAAGAACUAUGGCAGGACCCGAAAAGAAGAUUCAUUUACGUGGAGACAGCGUUUUUCUGGAAAUGGUGGAUGCACCAAAGUGAUGAUGUGCGUCACAAAGUCGAUGUCCUGGUGAGGCAGGGCAGGCUGCAGUUUGUUGGCGGGGCGUGGAGUAUGAACGAUGAGGCCGCCUCACACUACCAGAGCACUAUCGACCAGUUCACCUGGGGGCUUAGAAAACUCUUCGAAACCUUCGACACGUGUGGUAUCCCACGCGUGGGAUGGCAAAUCGAUCCAUUUGGGCAUUCUCGUGAAUUUGCCUCUCUUUUAGCGAAUAUGGGAUACGAUGGGUUGUUCCUGGGUAGGAUAGAUUAUCAGGAUAAGAUGGCGAGGUUACAAGGGAAAAAUAUGGAGAUGCUGUGGAGAGGAGAUGAUGAUUUAGGUAAACCCUCAGAUAUAUUUACUGGAGUACUGUACAACACGUAUUCGCCCCCUCCUGGUUUUUGUUUCGACAUUUUGUGUGACGACGAGCCUAUUAUAGACGACCCGUACUCGCCCAUGUUCAAUGUCGAUAGUCGGGUAUCAUCAUUUUUCGAGAGAAUCUCUCAAAUGUCGACCGCGUAUAGAACAAAUAACGUGUUGGUGACAAUGGGAGAUGACUUCCAUUACCAGAAUGCUGGCAUGUGGUUUAGGAAUCUCGACAAAUUGAUAUCUAAUAACACUAUAGUGACUAUGGGCGGGGACUUUACCUAUCAAGAUGCUGCAAUGUGGUAUAAAAACCUCGAUAAAUUAAUUGAAUAUGCAAACAUGAAAUCUGCAAAAGAUGGACUCAACAUAAAGCUAUUCUACUCCACACCGAAUUGUUAUUUGAAGGCUGUGAAAGAUUCUAACCCAACAUUACCUACAAAGCAAGACGAUUUCUUCCCAUACGCGAGUGAUCCUACUGCGUACUGGACGGGAUAUUUCACCUCUCGACCUACCACUAAGUAUUUUGAGAGGCAGGGUAACGCGUAUCUACAGAUGGCAAAAAAUCUGCAAGUGCUGGGGGAUCUCCCGGAGCAUAAUAAAUUUGUUUUGAAUGAACUCAAAAGUGCUAUGGGAGUGAUGCAGCAUCACGACGCCGUGACGGGAACGGAGAAGCAACACGUGGCGGACGACUACGUGCGGAUGCUGGAUGCUGCGGUCGAGAACUCUCUUCUCAUCGCCAGACAGGCUUUUAGCAAGCUAUCACAAGGCGAUGCUCUAAAGCCGGCAAUAUUUAGCUACGACCGUUGUAGCUUCAACGAGUCUAGUUGUCCAACAAGCGAGAACAGCAGACAGUUCGUGGUAACUAUUUACAAUCCCGUGGGAUGGAACGUUCUAGAACCAAUCCGGAUUCCCGUCAAAAAGGGAAUAUAUGAAGUGUAUGCUCCCAAUGGCGAUAAAAUAUCAUCACAGUUGGUAACAAUCCCUGAACCUGUUCUAAAUAUUCCCACACGAAAUUCUGAAGCUACACACGAAAUAGUUUUCAUUGCGAAAUUACACCCACUUGGUAUAAAAUCGUUUUACAUAAAAAAAAUAAGUCCAAAAACCAAAAGAAACGCCGAAAUAAAAAGGAAAAAUGAUUACUACGGUAAUAUAAAUGAUUACUGGAAAAAUAUUCACCAACAAACCGAUAUAGAGAUACGUAAUAUAGAAAAUGAGGAGGAAAAUAGGGAAUUCGAGGAAAAGAUUCCCUUCCCAAUGAUUAUUGGGAAUAUGGAAAAGAUAAUUAUAGAUAAGACAGAUAUAAAUAUGCUGAAAGAUAAACAAGAUUUACCUGUCGGUGUGGAGGAGUUAGAAAGAUUGGUGGGUGAAGGUAAUAAUCUAUUGAAAGGUAACAGAUAUUUAGGUAAAAAUGAAAAUUACCCAAUUUUGAAUGAAGAAGAAAUGAGAAUGUUGUCGGAUGAACCGCAACUUGUGGAGCGUCCGGAUGAAUAUUACGUGGAGAAUGAGUACUUAAAACUGAGAGUCGAUAAUUCAACUGGUCACGUGACACACAUGUUGCUCCCAGACAGGACUACCAACAUGAGAAUACAAAUGAAUUAUUGGACAGGUUUCAUUGGCGACAAUAUGGAACCAGCUCACAGAUCGUCUGGCGCUUAUAUUUUUAGACCAAAAACAACCAUCCCAUAUCCCUUAAACUACAAAACAAACACUAACAUUCACGGUGACAUCGUUCAGGAGAUUAGAGCAGACACACACGAACAUGCCUCAAGCUGCCUGAGAAUUUACAAAGGCUUGAACUAUUUUGAGCAUGAUUUUGUGAUUGGACCAAUCGAUAUUCAAGAUGGCGAAGGAAAAGAGUACACAGUCAGAUAUGAGACCAAUGUUGCUAAUAGAGGCAUCUUCUUCACCGAUUCAAAUGGCAGACAGAUGUUAAAGCGUACAUUAAACCAACGUCCUCAAUACAAUGUAACAUUAAGAGAACCGAUCGCUGGUAAUUAUUAUCCUGUUACUAACGAAAUUUAUAUCCAGGAUGAUAAUACCAGGAUAGUGAUUUUGACUGACCGUUCUCAAGGAGGGUCUUCUUUGGAAGAAGGCAGUAUUGAGCUGAUGCUGCACAGACGUUUGUUGCAUGAUGACGCCUUCGGUGUUGGAGAAGCAUUGAAUGAAACCGCCAAAAAUGCGGGCUUAGUUGUCAGAGGGAGGCACAGAUUGUUAAAUAUCAGUCCUGGUACCAAUGAGGUUUUAAUUGAAAGGAAAAUGGCGAUACAAAUGCAUUUGUCGCCAAUUGUUUUUGUGUCGAAUGCGGAUGAUGUAACAUAUGAGACGUGGAUAAAAUUAAAUAAUUGUUUUAAAGGCUUGAAAGUGUUGCCAGAUGGUGUACAUUUGCUGACUUUGGAGCCUUGGUCGAGUGAUAAAACUUUGCUUUUGAGAAUAGAAAAUUAUUUGGACAAAUCUAUGGAAAAUUCAACGGUGGACGUCGAUUUAGGGGAUAUUUUUAAUAAUUUGAAAAUUUUAUCCGUCAGAGAGACUAAUUUAGCCGCGAAUCAGUGGUUGGAAAAUAUGACAAAGUGGGAAUGGAAAACUGAAAAUGAUUUUUCCAAUAAUUCCAAUAACUAUGAUAAUGUUAAUAACAAUGAAAAAGUUUUUGGGAAAAUGGGUAACGAUUUGAAAAUUCAAGUGAAGGCGAAACAAAUAAGAACUUUCUUAGCUAAAUAUGAAAAUAUGGAA